AUAUAUAAAGAGCUUCUUUCCCUGCUAACUGCAGUACUUACCAAUUAGUGAAUCUUAUUACUAAUUGUAAUCCAUGAAUUAUUUGAUUGAAAUUUGUUUCAAUUCCUUCCAAAACAGUAUGUUUGUAGAUCUAUUUUGUACUGAGACUGAAAUAAAAUACAUGUUUUGUAAUUACAUAGUACAGUGAACAUCAUUUCUGAAACUACUGAGUUUUAUUUAUACUUGAAAGUUUACACGGCCUUCUGCUCUCAGUUAGCGAAGGACUGGUAGUUGAGUCAGUCUGCCGUAGGAUCUCACAGUUAAUCUCUUUAGUCUGGCAGGGACAUUGAGAGUUUCAAUUAACUAAGUAGUCUUUCUAAACAUGGACCCACAGCACAAACAGUGCAGGAAUAGCUGGCAGCUCCGGAAUAGCCCACGAAUGCACUAUUAAAGUGCUGUCUGGCACACUCUGAGUAAUGUAACGUGAGCCAAUAAUGUGGCGAAUAUCUCUCUGUCAAAAAGCAGUGCAAAUUUGACUUUACAUAGACAUGGCCCUUUGCAGCUCACCCUAUAAUGCCAUUUUAAUAGAAGGAUUGUGAUUGGUUGACUGCAAGUGAGAAGGUCAGUGAUAGGUCAGUCAAAUUGUGGGGAACCCUGGGAAAAGGGCCGUUCCUAGAGAAUUAAUAGAGCUCUAAGAAUUAAUUGAAGCAGGUCGGAGUUCACACAUCAGUGACAGGUGGAUAAGGAGAGUGGAGGGAUAAAUCUGGAUUUGAUCGCGUGCCUGCUCGAGCCAGUGCAGCCAUGUUCAGCACCUUGAAAACACUUUUUCGGCCCAAAACUGUGGCGGCAGUAGAUCAGAGCCCUAGAUCUCCGACACCAGUGCCUUCACCUGCACCUGCCCCAGCACCUGCUCCUCCGACAAAGGAGGAAAAGGCAGAUGCAAAGAAAGAUGAAGAGAAAAAGGAGGAAAAGCCCACCGAACCAGUUCCUGCACCUGCACCUGCUCCAGCACCUGCUCCUGCUCCUGCUCCAGAGCCCCCUAAACCAGAAGCCAAACCAAUGGAUCCAGCCGAUCACGGAGCGGCAGCUGAGGAUGCACCAUCACUACCAACUAAAACCAUCGUCAUCAACAGAUACUGUGACAACCAGCUGCGAGACAUCGUGAAGAAACUACGGGAGAGGACAGAACUUUUUAAGGAGAAAGUCAUAGACCCCUACUCCUCGUCCCCAGAGCACAGCCCACCCGUCACACCGGUUUACCGAAAGGAAGACUGGAUCAAAAAGCAGGAAGUAGAGAGAAUAAAACGAGAAGAGGCCGAGCAGAAGAAAAAAGAGGAGGAUGCUAAGAAAGCGGCAGCGAAGAAAGAAAAAGAGGAGAAAGAAAAGAAAGAGAAAGAGGAAAAGCUGAAAGCCGAGAAGGAGAAGGCAGAUAAGGAGGCGGCUGAAGCCAUCUGCCCAAAAAUCAAAUGCACGUGCAUAGACACACUUCUCAAACCUUUUGAAGACAAGAUGGAUGCAUAUUUGGGGACAACCAUUGACCCUUUCACAGAUCGGCGGUAUAUUAAAUGGCUGAGUGUCGUCACAAUCGCUUUUAACUACAACGUUUGGCUGGCCACAGCACGUUUGUGUUUCCCGUACCACACGCCUGUGACCAUCCCCUUCUGGAUCUUUUUUGACAUCCUGGCAGACCUUGUGAACAUCAUAGAUAUCACCAUGUUUCAGCCGCGCUUACAGUUUGUGAAAGCAGGAGACAUCAUAAAAGACAGAAUAAUGGCAAAACGGAGGUACAGGGAAUCUGCCAGAUUUCAGACAGACCUGAUAAGCAUCAUACCAUUUGAUUUGCUGUGUUUCCACUUUGGGUUUACAUCGAUCUUUAGGAUAAACCGGUUUAUGCGGUAUCAAUCAUUUUUUGAGUUCAGUGAUCGUCUGGAAAGCAUCAUGGCUAAGGCGUAUAUCUGGAGAGUUGGCCGCACUACUGGAUAUCUGCUCUUCUGUCUCCAUUUAAACUCCUGCCUUUACUAUGUAGCAUCAGAAUACGAAGGGCUGGGCAGCACUAAAUGGACAUAUGAUGGAAAAGGAAAUGCGUAUCUUCGUUGUUAUUAUUUUGCGACUCGCACACUGAUCACUAUCGGAGGUCUCCCCGAGCCCCAUACACUCUUUGAGAUCAUCUUCCAGCUUGUGAACUUCUUCACAGGAGUCUUUGUCUUCUCUAGCUUGAUUGGACAGAUGAGAGAUGUCAUUGGAGCAGCUACGGCGGGACAGACCUACUUCCGUGCCUCUAUGGACGCCUGUGUGGCGUAUAUGAACACCUACACCAUCCCAAAGCUGGUGCAGAACAGAGUACGCACCUGGUACAACUACACCUGGGACUCCCAGGGCAUGCUGGAUGAAUUCGAGUUAUUAGAAAAAAUGCCUCUGGUGAUGAGAACAGCCAUCGCUGUGGACAUCAACCUCGCCACCUUCCAGAAGAUUGACCUCUUCAAGGGCUGUGACAACCAGAUGCUUGUGGAUAUGUUACUGCGUCUGAAAUCCAUUGUGUACUUGCCAGGAGACUUUGUGUGUAAGAAGGGUGACAUUGGGAGAGAAAUGUAUAUUAUUAAAGCCGGAGAGGUGCAGGUCAUCGGUGGACCGGACAAUAAGAUUGUGUUCGUGACUCUGAAAGCAGGCUGUGUGUUUGGAGAGAUCAGUCUCUUACAGUCAGCAAAAGAUGGAGGCAACAGAAGAACAGCAAAUGUUGCUGCUCACGGGUUCGCCAACCUUUUCGUACUGGAUAAGAAAGAUCUCAAUGACAUCCUGGUCCAUUACCCUGAGUCUCAGAAAGUGCUGGCCAGGAAGGGACGGAAACUGAUGAAGGCCAAAGGCAAAGCUGCUCCUGUCAAAGAUGAAGGCGAAAAGAAGAAGGGAUUGGCAAUGUUCGGACAAAAACCACCCACUCCAAAAAUGUUACGUGCUUUUGGAGGCUUUGGGAAAGGAGGAUUACUGGAGAAGCUCCGGGCUCAAGCAGCAGAAAAAAAGAACUGAAAAUUCCAUCCAUCCCUCCCAUCACAUACACUUACAACUACCUAAAACAUCUAUUAAUCCAUCCACACAUUUCGUCAUCUAUCCAUGCAUUUCAUCUUCCAUCUAUGAAUGAUAAAAUGGGUGGAUGGACUGAUAGAUAGCUAGAUAGAUAGAUAUCACCAUUUCAUCAUCCAUCUUUAACAUCCUCAUUCCUUCUGUCCAUUUUACCAUCCAUCCAUUCAUUCAGAUCUACAGUAACUGUAAAUACUGACUGUAUGUUUCUGAUCUGUAGUUGGUUUAGUGA